AAUUCGUAGACUUUUCGCUGCCAUAAACAUUUCCGUUGUGUCGCUGAAAUUAACGGCAGCAAGAUUGUGAAAAUAAAAAUUUAUAAAAAAGUGAACGAAUUUGAAUAGGAGAAUUGCUAGUUAUUUAUAGAGGAGAAAAGUGCAUCCUGUGGUAAUCGCAAAAGUGGUGGAAAGUUGGUCAAAAAGUACUUGAAAAGGUUGAGCCUCAAGGAGAGCAAUUAUUUUCAAGGACUUUCGCCGAAACACUGCACUAAAGCAUUGUGUGAGGUGCAGUUUUCAAAGUGAAAAUUGAAUAUGUAUUCGCUUGCAAUGUACACAAUUUGCAAAAUGUUCAGUAUACAUAUAUGAAAGCGAAGCAACAGAAAUGUUUUGGAAGUUUUAGUUACUUGCACAAUAAAGUGUUUUGCUUUUCGAGAACAUACUACUUAAGACUAAAAUUUUGUAGCAAAUCUCAAUUAAACAUUGUGUGUGCGUGUGUGAAGCUAAGAAAAGUACUCAAACACGGCGACUCAAAGCACUGCUAGCCAGCAGACGACAGCCCACCCACUACCCUGGGGGCUAACGCACUGAAAGGCCAGCAUUCAAGAUGGAUGAAUGCGAGAACCUCGUCAUAAAUCUAGAAGACGCAGUCGAGACAUACGAGGACCUCGCCGACAACGACGACAUACUACAACAACAGCAACAAAUAAUCAAUGAUAACGACGCUGAAGUCAUUCAAUUGACGCAGGCAUUAACCGAAGGCGAUAUAAUGGGACAGGCCGAGAGUAAAAAGCAUUCGAAGAAACAUGGCGGCAACACCACCGGCAAUAUGGGCGCUGGAGUGGGCAUUAUUGAGACCAAAGGUACAGCAAUGUCCUUCGGCUUUCGCAAGAAACUCAAUACAACGCCGAAAAAGUUCAAGAAGUUGCUUGAAGCCGGGGUUGGCGGUGUAACUGGCAGUGACGCAAAAAGGAAACAAGACCAGUGCAACAAUAUAACAACAACGCCACGCGAUGGCAAUACCACUUCGGGUGAGGAUAAUGAAAAAACGGGAGCAGUGACAAAUGACACAGACAAUGGGGAGACAUUGCAGGACGAGCAACAGCAGGACGACAAUGGCAAUGCAGAGCUCCUGGCGAAAGUACAUUUUGAGAAAAUGGGUGCGGCAGCCGCAACUACACAACGAUCUAAUCAAAGCACCGCGAACGCAGGUGCCGCCGGCCAGCCAGCGAAUCUGCCUGGUGUAGCGUCGCGUUUCGGUUAUCGCGGCUCAAAUAUUGCGCGUCCGGCAUCGGCUGGUCUAGCGCAGCGCUAUCAAAUGGACAUGCAGGAAAAUGCGGAAAACAACAAUAAUUGUGGCAUUAAUGGUAACAUCAAUCGAAUUGGUGGCGUGGGCGUGAAUGGACAACAAAAACCGCUUGUGAGCAAUUUGAAACGCCGCUCGAAGAGUGCACAUGCUGGCCGGGCAUUGACUUCAGGUGAUGAGACUAGUGAGUCGGGCAGCGCCACCGAUGUGGCUGGCCGCCCAAAAAUAUCACAACCCAAAUCGAUAACGUUCAAUUUGAGUCAGAACAGCACAAUCGAAUAUCAGCGGCGACAGUUCUUCGAACAGCCCAGCACAUAUGGCAGCUAUGGUAGUGGCCGUGGCGGAACCAACAGUUGGACUCAUCAGCCAAUGUACCAGCCGCAACAGCAUCAGUCGCGAAACGUCAUCACUACGGGCAUGCACACAAAUGUUAUCGUUCGCCCCACACCGCGUGCACCGCCAGCCAGUUUUUCAAAGUUUACACUCCACACAGUCAGUUUGCCGAAACCAGAGUUUCCAGUGGCCAUAAGUGUAGGUGCCACGACACCAACUACACCAGGUAGCGUUUACACACCAUCGCCCACGAUGACUAGCACUUUGACGGGAGCACGCGCCAAAGAAGUCCAAUCGCAACACCCUUUAACUAUAGUGGCAUCCGCUAGUGUAACGCAUACACCCGGCGGGCAUCCGAUGGACCUGAAGACCGCUAAGCAAAUGGCUAACAAUACGCGCCGUGGCUUCUCUGGUAGUCGUGAGAUCUCUGCGGAUUCAGGUAUUGCCAGCAUGGAUAUGGCAUUGGAUAGUUCUGUUUCGAGCGGCGCUGGCCAUAUUAAAGGUCGUACAGCUUCGCCCAAACGUAGCCGCAGUCGUCCGCGAAACUUGCAAAUGGUCAUGAAUGGACGUCACAAAUUCGAAGUUCGCGAUCUGGAUGAUCCGUUGUCCAGCGAGUCUAGUUCGAUUGUAGAGCCGCUCGCUUUGCCGAAACUACCCAGUGAGAAUCAAACUGUACCACUACCACUCUGUGGUCUUGUACGCUCCAAUACUGUACUGAGUCGCGAAAGCUAUGAGCGAAAUGGUGGAAUUGGCGGCACGAGGAGUGCAGCUAACGGCAAUCAGGAAACAAAGCAGGUCGAUGUGGGACAACCCCGUCCCACUACGGCGCCAGCCCAGUGUAGCAUAACGCGAAACUCCUCAGAGGAAAGUGAAGGCGUAGAUGAAGAAAAACUAUACUUGGAUCGCUCAACAUCAGAAAAGGGCAAUAGGUUUAAAGACAUUAAUACCUGUUCAAGCAAAACAUCCUCACCAGGCAGCUCCAUAAUGCUUUCCUGGUGCAAUGCCGGCGAAGCGCUUGCCGUAAAAGAUUGCAGCAGCCUCAGUAUUAGCAGCGAAGAUAGCAAUAAAUUGCAAGAAGAAGUCCACAAAGAAAAAGAUAAGGACACGAAUACUGAAAAAAAUGAGAGGCAGAAAGCUAUGCAUAUGUCAGUCGAUCUAAACGACGAUGAUAUAAGCGGUAUAGUAACUGAAAUGCAAGCCAGUACACUAUUUUCGUUUCCCGAACCUGUGUCAACGACGAACAACCUAACUGGUACAACAACACGCGCUGUACUACGAAGUAAUGCAGAAAACACAACUAUUGCCGAAAAUCAAGAUAUGGAUAAACCUGAUCGUCCUAAAACAUUUUACAAUACCCUUAAUGAGACGAAGUUUGCCGAAAUGGCUUUAGCUGGCAGCACUUAUCUUUUAGAUGAUGAGACCUCGCCCACCGACAGUUUGGUGAGCAGCACAGAAUCUGAGGAGGCGGCAACCAAGCAGAAGAAGCACAAAAUAAACGAAGAAUUGCAAGAGAAGGACAUCGAUGAGAUUUCACCUGAACUGGAGAUGGGUAGUCCCAUCUCACCGGGCACUCCAACGCACGCUUCACAUUCGUUAUCACUCUCCGAUUGCGGCAACUUGAUUGACGAUGAGAUCGCCGAUCAACCGGCAUUGCUGUUUAACAGCGAGGCGCACGACCUAGUCGAUAGUUUAACUUCGCACAAAGAUAAGACGGAUACACCAACACUCAUGGAAAAUACCGGUUCAAUGCGUUCGCUGAAAAGUCAAUCCAAGGCACGCAGUGCUCUCCAACAAGCGAUCGAGUUGAGCUUACGCACGCCACUGUCGCUGCGAAAGGCAGUAAUGGAGCGCGCCGAUUCGCUCGAUACGCUCUCGCCAUGUGAAUCCAUUUGUUCCGAUGAUCUUAUGAUGGAUUUUGAUAUACAUAGCAGCGUGGACUCAAUCGAUCGAUCUAGUUCUGCAAAGAGUCGCAGUGGUUCGGAUCUACAUAAAAUAGGAGAUACUGAAUUAUUUUCGGAGCUGGAGCGUAAAGGCAGCGAUGUGAUGAAAGAGCUGAAUACUAUUCUACGUCUGCAUACCAAUAGAAGCUCCGAAAAGGACUCUGUCAUCGCUCAUUUGCCUGCUCGUGCAACACGUCUACUAAACCGCUCGCGUCUACAACAACAACAAUACCCUGCUUCUAAUGCCAGUGGUCUAUCGGCGAAUGCUGGUGCUGCUGGAACCUCUGGCGGCGGCGCAGAUUCUGAUAGCUCCAAAUCAACACAUAGCCUGCGACGUAGUGCUGCCACCUCGCGCGCAUCAAACGCUUCCACGUCUUCGACGAAUGCUUCACAACCGACCAGUAGUAAUUUCCAUCAUCAAAAGCACUUUCAACAUCAUUACUCGCAACUUUAUCGCGAUUCGCACAGUUCGUCGGACGACCUAAUGCUGUAUGAUAAAUCAUUUCGCAAUGCAAUGAUUCAGGACGUGCUGCAAUUUAAGAAGCAGCUGUUGCGGCUACGACGCAUUCUACAGGAGGACGAAGAUCAUUUGAUGAGGACGGAUACUCUCAACCCAUUCGACACCGACAAUGGGCAACUCUUCGCUGCCUGUGGCUUAGAUAGCAAACUACUGGAUGACAUGGACUUGGCCAGCUUAACAUCGUCGAACACAGAUGACCCCAUGGUGGAGUUAGCCGAUCUACGAAGACAGGUGGUUUACCUUCAGGGUGAGGUCGAAGAUCGUGAACGCACAAUACGUUUACAAAAAAAUAAAAUUGAAAGUUUGGAGUUGAAAAGGCCGGAAAUCAGUAGUGACACCACAAAGGAAUGCAUAAAUACAGCAACACAAACAGAUAGGACACGACCUUAUUCAUAUGGUCCGGAGGGAUUGUCAAGAAGUAAACCCGAGUACACCAGCUACACGACGCAUUAUCAUCCCGCAGCUAGUUGCAAUAACAACAGCAUAUGCAGCAGCGCCAACAACAGCAACAACCACACUCUUUGUCCACACCACCAACAACAACUGCAAAACAACUGCAAUGGCAGCAAUAAUAAUCUCCCAGUUGCCGCUACAGAAGCAGCAUCUCAACAAAUACGACGUCACACCAUCAUAUCGACCACUCUGAGCAAUUACAACAAUCAACAGUUGGCAAUGGCACCGCGACGUGCUUCAAUCGCGUGGGAAAAGCCAACAGCGACAGCACCCACAACAGCCGCUACGCUGACCCAGACAUCAGCCGCUGGCACAGGAAAACACGCGCCAACCGCAAACAUUUACAAGCCCGUGAAAAUUACACUAAUCGGCGAACCAUUGAAGCAAUGGCAAUGGAAUGCUGUUGGCAAUGGCAAGACUGCUGCUACUCAAAGUAAUGGCAGCAACAAUACGGCAAUAAGCAAUGGCAGUGACAAAGUCAGUGUGAAGUGUGAAGCAGCGGGCGGUAGUAAUAUAAAUGGAAAAAUUAGUGGUAACGGUACUCGUAGUAGUGUUGGGAUGUGCAAUAGUCGUACCAAUGGCCUUUCGAAAGUAUACAAAAACAACAAUGGCUUGUGCAAUGGUGGGUCAGCAGGUUCGUGUGGCAGCAAUGGAUAUGCGAAUGGUAAUAGCAGUAAUUACGAGGCAAAAGCAAUUGAGGGUGUUAGGAAUGCCAAGCAGAGUGGCUACAAUGGCAUUGGUGUCGGUGUUGGUGUCCGUUUGGGUAAUGGCGAACAAAAUCUAGCGACGUAUCAGUCCAACCAAAAUCAUCAUACACAGCAUCUGCAUACGCAGCAGGCACUGGCACAGACGGAACAACAGCAGCAAACACAUGUGCAACAUGCAAGCAAAAUUGUUUAUCAGCAGCAGCAGCAGCAGCAACAACAACAGCAAAACCCACUGCAAGUCUAUCAAACGUCUAAUGGCAGCAAUGGCAAUUUCUAUCCAACAGUUACUAUAGUCUGAGCGCGAAUGUAUUGUAAUUAGCUUGUAAUGCCUGAGAUUCAUAUUAGAAUUACUAUUACUUACGUAUACAUACAUAAGUACGUAAAUAAAAACAUAUGUACAUACACAUAUGAUGUUUAGAAACAUUUUUGAAAGAAUUUCUCAACAGCUGAUAUUUUUAAAUUUUGUAGAAUUUAUAUUUAAAAGUAAAUACACAAAAGCCCAAUUUGUAAUCUGUCGGCCAAGUUUUAAAAAACUUUACUUAUAGGCAGUUUCCACGACGCCCAUGUUGCGCAAUUUCAACACUGUUCUCAAUUUCAGCUGAAAUUACGAUACGAUUCGCAAAUUGGCUUUACAAUAACCUGUCACCUGAAAUUGAGUAUGAAUCUCAAUUUCAGUGACAUUGAAACGAAAUUACCACAAUUUCGCGAAUACAACUCCACAGAGUACUCAUUUCGAAAUGUUAAUGAGCAAAAAGAAGAAAAAUAAACUUCAAUAACAAACAAAUAAAAAUAAAAAACAAAACACAAAAUUCAUAUUAAACAAAAACAAACUGAAAUUAGCAUGGUCGUGUAAACAGCUAUAAUUGAAAAUUGAGGGUUGAAAAUGCGCCUCGAGGAAAUUCACUUUUAAUUUGUUUUAAAUCAACCCGCAUCGUGGAAUCCCAUUGAGACGAUGCAUGUAACAUAAUGUGAGAGUACUUUCCAAAAUUGCAAGAUCUCGAAUUUGUUCGAAAGCGGUCCUUUACGGUAUGCGUGCAAAUGAAAUAAGUUAUUAUGAGUAUACUAGUUAAAAAUUGCGUUUGACCUUUCAAACUGAAUACAUCUGUCACGCAAAACUCACAAGCCUCUAUAUAAAAACCUUUAAUAAACAUACCAAUAUUUUACGCGUUGAAGAAAUGUGUGAACAAAAUUUAAAGCUCGAUGACUUAGCUUUGUGAUGAUGUGUAUGUAGAGUGUUCUUGAUUUAUUUCUAAUUCUAGUUCUAAGAGCUACGACCUUUGCAGACUCUGCUUUUAUACUUUUGCUCAUAGCCUAUUCAUGCCAAUUACUAUUUCCAAUUGAGUUAAGAGUAUUAGAGUUUCAAAAACGUAGAGAAAGAAAUGGCCAUACAAAUAGUAUACCUACAUAUAUAAGGGCGGGUCAAUUUGUAUGGGAGAUUUUGUCGUCUAUAGGUGUAUAACAUAGGAGGAUUCUAUGUACAUACGUAUAAUUCUUAGCAAGUUUGCCGAAGAAACCAUGGGUCUAAAAGCAAUUUCGAGUUUACCGAAUUGCGAAAAUAGGUUCCUUAGCAUUUGUCGUAGUGUCGUAAAGCAGUGUUUAAAUUUUGUAUAAAAACAUGCUGGAAGGGGUUUUUGGUAUGAGGAAUCCCUUACUGUACUUAUUUUGUUCUUAAAACUUUCACCAGAGGGUGAAAAAUUUUAAUUUUCAUAUUUUCUUCGAAACCUAUUUUCGUAAUUUGGCAAACUCCAAAUUUAUUUUAGACCCACGGUUUCUUCCGUAAAUUUGCUUAGAAUUCCAUGUAGAAUCCUCCUAUGAUAUACACGCAUAGUAAAAAAAAAAAAUUACCACCCCUAACAUACGCACAUAUGUUUUUUAGCCAGCUGUAAGAUUUUUUAAGACAGGUGGUUUUUCUACAUGGAAUUUCAUCAGUGGGAGUU